CCAACUUAUGAGGAAAUGCUGGCCGAUGUGCGCUUACCAUAGGAUUUUCUAUACUGUAAUACCUCAAAACGCGAAUGAGCAUCGACCGUGAACGUUGACGAGGAAUAAUUGCAGCGCUGAAGGCAACUCACAGUUUUUUCGGUAUUUCAUUCUACCACAAAGCCCUUCCAACUUAAAGUCGAACACGGUGCGCCUGUGAGAAGCUAAAUUGUCGAAAAUGUUGUCGCAAUUACAACAAAACAACGUAGCUCUACUAGCGUAAACAGCAAAACGCAGAAAGCGAAAUAAUUAAAUAAUUUUCGUUGAAUAACGGUUCCGCAGUGAAGUUGCAGAACAGCCAUUAGAGAGGACGAGGAAAGCAUUACAGCGUGAAACUUGCUGAAAAUACGAGCAGCCACAUCAAAUCGGUCCAUCAGCAGUGCCUGUCAUUCGCUAACGGCAUCAUCAUCACGGCAAAAAAAAAACAGUACCGAACUUCAGCCAAGAACAACAAACAAACAAGCGAACCAACAAAAGCGCGUCGUCAGCAGAAGUAAUAACGCUUGACACUGCUUGCCGCUCUGCUCUCAGCAGCUAUAUACGAACCGACACGGAUGCGUGCAAAAUUGUUCGAGUGCUUCGUAUUGAUUUAACGUUGUUUGCUAAGCGAAAAGUACGCAGAAAUACAAAUAAAACAAAAGAAGCGCAUAAGUAGAAAGUUAUAAUUAAAAUAAUAAUGCUACAACAAAUACAACUACCAACACUAAUGCAGUAGAAAAGUGCUCUCAAUACAAAAAUAAAAAAACUAAAGUUUCGCUCUCGUGUUUUUGAGCGAAAAAAGUAAUAACAACGAAUAGCAAAUCAUCAGCUGAGUCGUGAAAGAGCGUGGCAUAGAAACGGAAAUCGAGACUAUAAUUCAAAAGAUAAAACAAAAAACAACAAAUUAAAGACGCGACUUUCGCUGUCAUUCUGCUGAUACUCAACAGACCCGUUAAACAAAUAAAAGUAGCACAAAAUGCCGCCAAACACGAAUACGAACACCGAAGAGCAGCUGCCGGAAGAGUCGACGCAAAGUCUGGAACCGGCCGAUCAGAAAGUUGAAGAGACCACGCAGCGUGAGGUGUUCCGUGAGCUCGCGCAAAAACAGGCGGAACAACAGCAGGCGGAAAGUCAAAAAAUGUUCACCACUUUGACACCCAAAACCACAACAGAGGCCGAAGAGGAACCCACCACAACAACUGCGUCUACCAUCCAGAAAAUCGGACAUGCCGGCGAAGUGGUCACCGAAGUGAUUGCCGAGAAGACCGGUCUACCCACAUGGGGCGUGGUGGCAAUUAUUAUACUGGUAUUCCUCGUCGUCUUUGGUAUACUCUUCUUUUGUGUACGUCGUUUCUUAAAGAAGCGACGAACCAAAGAUGGUAAGGGUAAGAAGGGUGUCGAUAUGAAAUCGGUACAAUUAUUAGGAUCGGCGUAUAAAGAGAAAGUUCAGCCUGAUAUGGAGGAACUCACCGAAAAUGCUGAAGAAGGCGAUGAGGAGGAUAAACAAAGCGAGCAAAAAUUAGGAAGACUGAAUUUUAAGCUCGAAUAUGACUUCAACUCGAACAGCUUAGCGGUCACCGUUAUACAAGCCGAAGAAUUGCCCGCGCUUGAUAUGGGCGGCACAUCAGAUCCUUACGUUAAGGUCUAUUUGCUACCCGACAAGAAGAAGAAGUUCGAAACCAAAGUGCAUCGCAAAACACUGAACCCGGUCUUCAAUGAAACCUUCACAUUUAAGAGCUUGCCCUAUGCCGAUGCCAUGAACAAGACGCUCGUAUUUGCCAUAUUCGAUUUCGAUCGUUUCUCCAAGCAUGACCAAAUCGGCGAGGUGAAGGUGCCACUCUGCACUAUUGACUUGGCGCAAACCAUCGAGGAAUGGCGAGACUUGGUCAGCGUUGAAGGUGAAGGCGGACAGGAAAAGCUUGGCGACAUCUGCUUCUCACUGCGUUAUGUACCAACCGCUGGCAAGCUAACUGUGGUCAUCUUGGAAGCAAAGAACUUGAAGAAGAUGGACGUCGGCGGAUUGUCUGAUCCAUAUGUGAAAAUUGCAAUCAUGCAAAAUGGAAAACGUUUGAAAAAGAAGAAGACAAGUAUCAAAAAAUGCACCCUCAACCCUUACUAUAAUGAGUCGUUCUCAUUUGAAGUACCAUUUGAACAAAUACAAAAAAUCUGUCUCGUCGUUACUGUUGUGGAUUACGAUCGUAUCGGUACAUCUGAGCCGAUUGGACGCUGCAUACUCGGCUGUAUGGCUACCGGCACCGAAUUGCGGCAUUGGUCCGAUAUGUUGGCCUCACCACGACGACCGAUUGCCCAAUGGCACACAUUGAAGGAUCCCGAAGAAACCGAUGAAAUACUGAAGAAUAUGAAGUAAAGUGACGGGGGCGGUUUAUGUAGAAAGUACUAAGUAGGAGGUGUGAAGAAUGUGAGACGUGAAGAUCAAGUUGUUCAUCAAUACAAUGAAUUCAUGUAGUAAACGCAAAAUAAAUCAACUAACAUAUUUACAUACUCACUAUGUAAUAGUUACCCGAACCGUACCGUACCGCAAAUGAAUGCUAGAGAUGAUAGUCUAACAUAACAAAUAUAAAUUAAAAUGCCGUCAACAACAAGAAAAAACAACAGCAACAACAACAAAACAAAAUAAAUCAAACACAUAAUAUACAACAAAUUACCGAACAACCGAACAACAACAACAGGCAAACCGCUCAUCAUUAGUUCCACAUAGAAAAAGUAUAAGUCUUUGAAGAAGAAACGUCUUAUUCGCAUAAAAAUAUACAUACAUACAUCCUAUAUAUAUAUUCAUAUAUAUAUAUAUAUAUAUAUGUACAUGAACAAAAAUAAUUUAAUUCUUUGUUAGUCCUCGACUCCGACCUCGAAACCAACAAUCAAACACACCGCGUUAAAACUAACUAGAGAAAUUUCUAAAAUGUAAUGAAAAUGGUAACAAAUUGAAAUAAAUAUAACAGGCGGUGUAAAUACAGCAUUAUGCCUGUGCAACGGUUCGCUGUAAAAUGCAGCUUUGGCAUUCAAAAUGGCCGCGGUGAGGCGAGUCGGUUAUGAAAACAAACCAAACGCAAGAACUACUCUUAGACAAAUAUUUAAAUAAUUACGAAAAUCACAUGCAUGCAUAUAUGCAGAAAUAUGUGUGUGUAUGUAGUUAUGUAUAUGAAAAACCAAAAACCAAAAACAAAACUCUGUAACUGUUGACUUCCUGUUAAAAUGUUUAUAUGAAAUCAUAUGCAAUGAAUUAAGACGCAUUGCAUUGUACUCUACUGUAUUGCAUCGUCUAGUAUAUAUUGUGACCGUAUUGUACUAUAUGCAUAAUUAUAUAUACAUAUUUAUAUAUAUAUAUAGAUAUUGAGAUGCCUCCAUUGUAUCUACGUAUGCUCUUUCCAAAGUUGUUUGUUUUCUGCUUUCAGCUCGAUUCUUUAGAAAGGAAGCACUUUUUUCACAAUAUUAUAUUUGUUUCAUAAUUUGUAUGUAUUGUAUUUAAGUAUUGAGGGCGAUGUUUCAAAUGUUAAAACUAAAUUUACCGAAACAUGCUAAUUAAAAAUACAAAAAAAAAAAUAAGUAUGAAAGUAAAAAUGAAACCUUUAAACCCAAACCAAAAGAGUAUAAAUUAAAAGAUGCAAACAUUAAAUAAAAGAUUUUCAAUUUCUUAAUACUGUUUGCCAUUUUUGUCAUUAUUCCAAUUGUAAUGUAAAUUGUAUUUAAAUUUUAAUUAAAUAAUAAAGUUGUUGAACAUUUACGCCAUAAGCAAAUUAUGAAUUUUUCAAUUCAAAGCGAUUAAAAAUACUAAAACUAAUAUUUACGCAGCAAAAAUAAUACAAAAAAAAACACUGACGCAUGGGAUGUUACAUUUAAUUUCGUGUAAGAUAAUGCUCUAAAGACGCUCAUUGUAGAACACAAAAAAUAAAAACUUGCAUACAUAAUUGGGGUUUCUGGCAACCAAAUUUUUUUAUAGAGAGGAAAUUUUUCCACUAUUACAGCAACACAAAAAUAAAACUGGGUUUGUGAACGGAAUUCUUGAGCAUUAACUUAAAUUUCAGAACAUGACAAAAUCUUUUUAAUUUUGGCACACUUUUGCGCCCUUUCUAACGAUCGAGAGAUCUCUCUCAUGACAAAAGUUUCGAAACAAAAAGCUUUUGGAUAAAAUUACAAAAUCUCAAAAGGAGUCUGACAAACUUUUCCACAAAUCUCAUUCGUGCAGUUUUUUUUUUAACCAGUUUCCUCUUCAUACCAAGCAAAGUAGUGAUUUUCACAUGCUUUCUUUGUCCAAUAAGUAAGCUUAAGAGAUUUGGUCUUUGAAUUAAAGCAACGUUUUAAACUUUUACUUCCGCUACAGUUAUGAGUACGCACAAAAUGUAUCUACUUUAUAAGCAGUUGCAAUCGAUAAAGUCAGACUUUUCUUAAAGAAAAUGAAUGAAUGGCAUUUCUUAAAGAGUGUGCAUAGCAGUAAUGUUGCAAAUAACAAUUUUCAAUGUUACACAGCGCAUUGCGGAUAAUAAAUCUAACUCCAGUGCCCCGAAAUUCGCAAAACAGCUGGUAAAAAUAUUCUCCAGCCAAAACCCCAAUUAUUGUCCUAUGCUUGAAUAUAUUUGUACAGCUCAUUUAUGUCCAUAUUCAUCAUUACUUACUUACUUCUGUACCAUAAAUAUUUAAAUUUUUUUUUCAUAAAACACACCAAAAUAAAGUUAAAUUUUAACCGUUAUGUUUAAGUAAGCAUCAAUUUACUUUGAAUGCAUCAACACACCAGCAUAUGUAUGUGCAUAGCAUGAUUGCAUUUCGUAUAUGUUUGUAUGGCUAUGUAAGUGUAAUCUAUAUAGAAAAAUUACUAAUUACAAUUAAUUAAUAAAUUAAAUUUAAAAAAAUAUUUAAUGAAUCAAGUUAAAAUAAAUAAAUUGUAGAAAGUUUAACUUCACGCGUGAUUGCAAAAAGCAAAUAUCAUCGGUUCUUGGAAGCCAACAAAACAAUAAUUUAAAUACUUAUAUAUAUUGAGACGGCAUAAUAUUAGUAAUUACAUACAAAUGUACAAGAAAGUUUUUAUGUAUUGUGUGACAGCAUUUCAAUUACACAUAUAAUUUUUCGAAAUUGGCUAUUGGUCGGUCAUCGAUUAAGACAUUGUUUAUAACUAGUUUAAGUGUCUUUUUUUAAUUUUGAAAUAUUUUUGUUUAAGAAUAGCGUAAUAUGUAUAUAUAUAUAUUUCUUUUUUAGCGUGUGUAGGCCUAAUUUUACUACUAGUCUACUUUAAUAUUUAAUUUUAUAUUUUCUAUUUUGUUUUCUUUUUUUUGGAUUGAGUUCAGCUCAAUUUAUUAAUGACUUGUCAAUUUCAUUUUCAACUUUUCACCUUUUGCUUUCCGCUGAGUUUAUCUCAAUUAAUUUCAGUAAUGUCUUGUCACUUUCAUUUUUACCUUUUCACCACACUGACGCGUUAAUCGAUAUUUGAGAGAUGUGCUUUUGUGGCAUGCUGCUUUUAUUUACUUAUGUAAAAAUCGUUGGAGUUUAUAUUUAAUAAAUAUAUAUACACGCAUAUAUAUAUAAAUAUAUAUAUACAAAUAAUAAUAGAUAUUUAGAAUUUGAAAACUCAUAUUUAAUACUACAAUUAAAAUAUUUAAAGACAUAUUAAGAACAAUAAUAGUUAUUACUGCUAAUUUAUACUAUAUUAAGGAUAAAUGGUUAAGGCAGACAACUCAGCAUGCAGAGAAUUAAACAAAAACAAAAUACAAGUAUAUGUUAUUUCAAUGGUAACAAAACAAGCAUAAAAACGAACAUAACUAAACUUAUUUUAAGUGACAAAAAGAAAUGCAACAACAAAUAUCAUUGUUAUGAAGAAGAUACCACUAUUGAUUUUUAAACUAAAUAGAACAUUAAUAAUGAAGAUAUGUAUAUGUUUUUGUCUUGUAAAAAUAUAGUUAAGGUCUACACACAAACUCGUACCGAAACUAAACAUACUGUUAAAUGGCAACACACACAAAUAAUGGAACACUGAAAGCAGUUACACUGACAUACAUAAAAAACGGCAAUAUAUUGUUGCUGCAAAUUUUAAGAUAACUUUAAUUUCGCAUAGCAAAGUUUGAAUAUUGAGAACGGCUGUACCGUUCUAAGCGCCAUUUGUCGAGUAGAAUGCUGGGGCGAUGAUACAUGAUGAUGAUAUGCACGAAAAAACUGUAGGCGGUGUAAAAAUGAAUAAAAAAUUGCUAUGAAAAGUUAAACUAAACAAAAUUAGAUUACACAUAGUUGCACUAUACAAACAUAUAUUAUACAUAUUAAAUAAUAAAAACAAAAAUUAGAGAUAAAUAAACAUAUAUAUAUAUAUAUAUAAACAAUACCUAUAUACCACAAAACAAAGACAAAAACUAAAGCGACACUAUUUAAUAAUAAUAAUAAAAGAAGAUUGUUAAUUUUGAUUACAAUGAGGCAUACAUAUUAUUAACAAUUACAUACAUAAAUACGAGUAUAAUAAAAAUUGCAAGUGAAAAUAAAAGAUUGGUUUGGUUUUAUUUACAUACAUUAAGACAUUUCAAUGACACAGUGACACUUGAAACACACCACAUUUUGUAUUUACCGCAAAACGAUAUCAAACUCUGACAUUUGCAUGUAUGUAUAUUAAUAAAUUAUCGAAAUCGCUAGGUUGAACUUCCAUCUCUACGAAAGAACUUAAGUACCUCUCUCUCACUCUCUCUUUUUGAAAGAACGAAAGAAACAAGUACCCGGCAAAGAUUUGGGUACCAUACCUAUGAGUUAAACGGUUAGCAGAGUUAGCGCAAGAACUCCUACUUACAUACAUACAUAAGUAGUCAUUUGUAAACCAUUUAAAACUUAUAUAUACAUACAUAUAUAUAAAUAUAUAUACAUAUAUACACAUGGAAUAUGUGUGCACACUUACAACCAUGAAACUGCUCAUCUAGGCAAAACUAAACGAAUGAAAAGUAAUCAAACUAAAUAAGUUAAAAAUCUAGUAAAAAAUCGCAAAAUCUCAAACUAACUUUCAUUUUGAAUAGCCGACACAUUGGUACAGAUCUGAUAAGUCAGCUUAAAGACAGCAGAUUUGCUACAGCACUACCAUGCCCCUCUCUCUCUCAUAGAAAAGGAAUUUAUUUUUCAAAUAACCAACCGAAGCUGUAGACUCAAAUCCACAGCUCAAAAAGUUUUUCAUAUUUAAUUUAACUUAUCUUGAAAAAUUAUUAACAAAUGUAAAAAAACUCCGUUUUGGACACGUUGAAAGCUUUAUUGAGAGAUCAGUGUUAUAGCAAAGAGAGGGACUGACGAUAGACCGAGGAAUUUUAGCCGCACCGCGCAUUGAACCAUUUCUCGAAAAUUUUUAUAAAUCUAUAGAAUAUCAAUUUUAUAUUUUAUAUAAAAUUCAAGAUAAAAAAUUCAAAAUCACUGGGAACAUACGCAAAAAUAUCACAAACAAAUGCAAAAAAUAUGAAAAAAAAAUAAAAUAAAUAAA